GUCGUCGAAGCACUGGAGCAUUUUUCUUCACUGUGCUACAUCUGUUAGUAGUAUCCGUCAGCGGCCAUAUGUAAUUUAACCUCAUUCAUUCGUUCACUGACGGACUUUGCUUCUUUUUGUUUAAACCAAACUACGGGUUUUAGGGUCGAAAGUUGUGUACUUGUCUCUGCUCCGUCAUUCUUUUGGACGUUAAUCAGUUUAUGCCUCGGUGACUGUCCGUUGCAGGCUGGGUUGUGACAGCACAGUACAAUGAUCGAGCGACCAGAGACUGCGGUUCCCAGCAUCGCUCAGCGGAACCUGGAGGGCUAUGUGGGCUUCGCUAAUCUCCCCAACCAGGUGUAUCGGAAGUCAGUCAAAAGAGGGUUCGAGUUUACGUUAAUGGUUGUAGGUGAAUCUGGUCUUGGGAAGUCGACACUCAUCAACUCUCUGUUCCUGACUGACCUGUACUCCAAGGACUACCCUGGGCCCUCCCAGCGCAUCAAGAAGACUGUGCAGGUGGAGCAGUCCAAAGUGCUGAUAAAGGAAGGAGGGGUCCAACUGACACUCACCAUUGUCGAUACUCCAGGGUUUGGAGAUGCAGUGGAUAACAGCAACUGUUGGCAGCCAGUCAUUAACUACAUUGACAGUAAGUGUGAGGACUUCCUGAAUGCAGAGUCGAGAGUGAACCGCAGAUCCAUGCCAGACAACAGAGUCCACUGCUGCCUAUACUUCAUAGCGCCCUCUGGACACGGUCUGAAGCCGCUCGACAUCGAGUUCAUGAAGAGACUCCACGACAAAGUCAACGUCAUCCCUCUUAUUGCAAAAGCCGACACUCUGACCCCAGAAGAGUGCCAACUUUUUAAAAAACAGAUAAUGAAAGAGAUACAGGAGCACAAAAUCAAAAUUUAUGAAUUCCCUGACACGGAGGACGACGAGGACAACAAGCUCAUCCGAAAGAUUAAGGAGAAGAUGCCACUGGCAGUGGUCGGCAGCAACGUGGUAAUCGAGGUGAACGGAAAGAAGGUCAGAGGUCGCCAGUACCCAUGGGGCGUGGCGGAAGAGGGCAUUUUUGAGCUCCCUCAUCUAGAAGAGACAGAAGGUCAUUGGCUGGCUUGGGAUGCCACGGGGCGGGACUGCUUAAGUUUCAUCAAUGUGGAGAAUGGGGAACACUGCGACUUUACUGUGUUACGCAACAUGCUGAUCAGGACCCAUAUGCAGGAUCUCAAGGACGUCACCAAUAACGUCCACUAUGAGAAUUAUCGCAGUAAGAAACUUGCUGCCGUCACCUGUAAUGGAGUGGACACUUCCAAGUCCAAGGGACAGCUCACUAAGAGUCCCCUGGCACAGAUGGAGGAGGAGCGCAGGGAGCAUGUGAUGAAAAUGAAGAAGAUGGAGGCAGAAAUGGAACAGGUCUUUGAAAUGAAGGUUAAGGAGAAGAAGCAGAAACUGAAGGACUCGGAGGCUGAGCUGGAGCGACGCCACGAACAGAUGAAAAGGAACUUGGAGGCGCAGUACAAAGAGCUGGAGGAAAAGAGACGAGUGUUUGAGGAUGAGAGGGCCAACUGGGAGGCUCAGCAGAGAAUCCUCGAGCAGCAGAAACUGGACGCCUCCAAGACAAUGGAAAAGAACAAGAAGAAAGGAAAAAUCUUUUGAGAGACACGACCCCCUCUGAAGUUCACAUGUACUGUGGCCCUCCGAACAUACACUCACAUUAACAGAUAUAAACUCCACAUUCUACAACAUCCCUCUGUGUUACAUUUAACAUGUAUCACGUGUGACAUGGAUGCCAUUUCCACACACACAUUUCCACACAUGCAGAUGCCCUGAACAACCCACAUGCUCGUCUCUGCAGGGUUUACUGUAUCUGUUGAAACCUUUUCAUUUUCAUGGAGAAUGCAUGUUUUUGUGAAAUUCUAUUUUCCUAUAUUUCCUGACAAAGAGGAGACGCGUGAGUUCCUCUGAGCUACAGUACGCCGUCAACACAUGGCAGGGACCGUGCAUAGCCAUUUUGUUCACAUGUAGUAGUUCUCUAGAUAUUCCGUAGAUCUGCAGAUAGACGUACUAUCCCUCUACUCUUCUUUUAUUGUUCUCAAAAACUCCACGCAAGUGUACACACAUAAAAACAUUACUCUCAUUGAGAGUGUGUUAAGAAAGGGGAGAGUGUAUGUGAGUGAAGGUAACUGAAUCAGGUCAGGUGGGAUUAAGGCCUGGUCACCAGAAAGGGGCACAAUGAAAUUCAUCGGCAAGUCUUCGUAAAAUUGGAUUUCUACCAGCUUGUCGUGAGUCAAUAAACUACUGUAACUGGCGAGCUAACCAGCUGGAAACAUGCUUGCACUAUUUGGUAGCUUUUUGAACUUCUUUCUUGAAGUUUCUCCCUUUUUAGCAAAUAUAUUUUGAAUAAAUCACAAUAAGUUACAGAACUCAUUAUCCUCUUAACAAACUUAUUGCUCUAUUGAAAAAAGGCAUUUGUACUGUUAAUUCCUGUAUCAUAACUAUCUUUAAACCAUUCCUCUUUUGUGCAGCAGUUUUUACUCCAACAUAAGAGAUUAACUCAAAGCCGAUGCUGCAACACAGCUGAUACAAUAGCUUCCUCUAUUUUGGACUAUCUGUUCCCAGCACUGCCAAGACAGCUUGCUAAUGGUCAACAGUGUGAAUUCGCCCUUUAAAGUUGGACUCAAUGGGAAAAAUGGGAAAAAUACGCCCAUGCAAGCCAACUCACUGAUCGUAAUGUUGUAUUUGUACUAUGUUGUUUAUCCUGUACACACGACAUCUCGUCUGUCCGUCCUGGGAGAGGGAUCCCUCCUCAGUUGCUCUCCAUUUUCCUCCAUUUUCUUCCAUUUUCCCCCUUUAAU